CUCCAAGCUCAACUGCAACUUGCUUCUUACGAGUACGAAACGCUUGAGCAGCGCUAUCGAAAGCUUGUAACAAGACAUGAGGAGCUGAGCAAGCUUUGCUGGGCAUACAGAGAUGUUAUCUGCGGCUUCUCAAGUGGCGAAGAGCAGGCAGCUAGCAUUGAGCAACUACGUGCUGAAGCUGGCCGUGAGGGCAUGCGUGCCAAAGCCCUCGAAGCCGACGUGCUUAAGCCAAUCAUCCGAGAAGCCGGAGGACUGCAAGCGCUCGUGUCGCAAAUGCAGUCUGUGCGGUCACUGAUAGAGAAGGUCGGUAGUCUUCCGGAGCUUGAAGAGCUGGUCUCGGAUGUGAACUCAUUCCGUAUCGGCUUGGAUGAGGUCGGGGGUCUCCAGGGUCUGUACGGCCUCAUCGCCGAAGCCAAGAAUUUACGGGAGCAUCAGCUUAUGUUUCGAGAGACGAAAUCCAGGAUCGAUGGACCUAAUGGACUCACUGCAAAGGCGACAAAGUAUGACAAGCUUGUGCAGGCUUUCAGUGAUGUGCAGGCUACAGAGGAGCGCACCGCUACAGCUGGGACCGCAACGAUUAACCCUGCACGAGCAACUCUCAUUGCCUCUGUACCACUCGAGAUGGACCCAUAUCGUGAUCUGUACGAAGCUCCUUCGGUCGAGAAGCCACACAACAAAACCGGUUCGAACAGUAUCCCCUUGGGGCCUGCACGCGUACAUGGACGAACAGCCAGUCACAUUGAUGAACAAUCAUCGUUGAAGCGAGAAUCGCUACAAGAUAUGGAGGAAGUGAUCAGCAAGCGCCCUCGAGUUGACAUUCAGCGUUUGUCAACUCGGAUACAAAAGUCCAUGGCGUCGUUUCAUAUGCAAAAGCCAGUAUAUGAUCGUCACAAGCAACUACCCGAACAUGAGGUACAAAGUCCUCGUGUCCACAACCGACAGUCUGGAAUUCCACCCCUCUUAGCUGCUGCUACUGAGAACAUUCAAUUACCUAAACCCAUGGUUGGUCGUUACCCGAUUGCCCUUUGGAUAGGUGACGCGGAUCCCUAUCUUCCGGAAUGGGCUGGGCAGAUAAAAAAGAGUAGCAAUAUUCCUGGGGAGCUCGGUAGACUUCUGACUACUGAACUGUCCAAGUACAUCACCGGUGCGGCCAGUCAGCUCUUCGACACGAUGCCACCGAACAGGGACACAUGCAUACUCCGAUACAUUCUAGAUGGUCAUAGGCCUUCAGGCCAACCGCAGGCGCGCAAGGCUUGCCCUUUGUGCUCAUCAACAUGGGUUAAGCAUCACCGUCCAUGCGCUUUGCUCCUCGAGGUCGAUGGUGUUCGUACCGUGGUGUUCAUGCCAGUUCCUGGCAGACCUGGUGAGCACACACACUGGACCGAGAAGAAUCAUUGGGUAAAGGGCACUGAAUAG